UUUGCUCCUACACGCUCUUCUACAUCAUGUCACAAGGCUCGCAGCAAGAUUUCGAGGAAGAGGAGGAACAGGGUUUCUCUGGACCCAUCUUAGUUGGAAAACUGCAGGAGGCAGGAAUCAAUGCCAACGAUAUCAAGAAGCUCAUGGAGGCCGGUCUCCACACAAUCGAGGCCGUAGCCUUCACGCCGCGUAAACAUCUGGUCGCAAUUAAGGGCAUAUCUGAGCAGAAAGCGGAUAAGAUUCUCGCAGAAGCGUCCAAGAUCGUACCCAUGGGCUUCCAAACGGCGACCGAAGUUCAUGCACACCGCUCCGAAUUGGUUCAUAUCACUACAGGAUCAAAGCAGCUCGAUGCGUUGCUUGGCGGUGGCAUUGAAACUGGGGCUAUUACCGAGCUUUUUGGCGAAUUUCGUACUGGAAAGUCGCAGCUUUGCCAUACUCUGGCAGUCACUUGCCAACUUCCCGUCAGCAUGGGUGGUGGGGAGGGAAAAUGUCUGUACAUCGACACAGAGGGUACCUUCCGUCCAGUUCGACUAUUGGCUGUGGCGGAACGAUAUGGCCUGAACGGGGAGGAAGUGCUGGAUAAUGUUGCCUACGCUCGCGCAUACAAUGCCGACCACCAGAAUACUCUGCUUGCCUCGGCUAGUGCGCUCAUGGCAGAAUCGAGAUUCUGCUUGAUGAUCGUUGACUCGUGCACGGCUCUGUAUCGUACAGAUUUCAACGGCCGUGGAGAACUUUCGAGUAGGCAGAACCAUCUUGGAAAGUUUCUGCACACUCUGCAACGCCUUGCCGAUGAAUUCGGAAUUGCUGUCGUGGUCACUAAUCAGGUGAUGUCGACGCCCGACGCACAGCCCGGAGCUGGAAAUGAGAAGAAGCCGAUUGGAGGCAACAUCAUGGCCCAUGCCUCGACAACUCGGCUCCAGUUGAAGAAGGGCCGUGGAAAUAAUCGUACAUGCAAGAUCUACGAUUCUCCUUGCUUGCCUGAGAUGGAAACGACAUUUGCGAUUCUGGGGAGUGGAAUCGGAGAUCCGGAGGAAGAAACAUGAGACUCAGGCUGCACACAUGCUGGAUAUGUACCGCUACUUACACUUACGAACAGGAUAAUUGGAUGACAAUGUACUAUAAAUACAGUUUGCUAUGGCCCAGUUGAGUGGACGAUAUUGACAAGUUACUUUUGUGCCUGCACUCAGGCUAGGAAACGCGUCAGAAUGUUGGCGCUGUUGCCACUGAUUAGAUCGCGCAGUUUGCUGAUAUCGUCGAUGCUGACAUCGGCAAUAUCAGCCAUGAGGUAGGCAAUGUCGCCCUUGGAAUCAGAGUACUGCUUCUCGACGUUGUACGGAGAGAGGACCUCGUUGACCUGGCGGAGCACACCGGGCUGGUUCUUGUGGACGUGGCAAACACGGAUAUGGUCGCCCUGCUCUUGGGUAAUAGCGCGCAGAUCGACUUCGGGGAAGUUGACUGCGCCGACUGUCGACCCAUAGUCCAGGUAACGCGUCAGGGAUUGGGCCACUUCCUCUCCAAUCAAUCGCUGGGCCUCCUCUGUCGAUCCACCGAUAUGAGGGGUGAGAAUGACGUUCGGUAUCGAGCGAAGGGUGCUGGCCCAGGAGUUCAGCUGAUCAUCAAACGGCGAGCCAUUGGAGCCAGGCUCUGAUGGGAACACGUCGAUCGCUGCACCAGCGAGAUGUUUUGACUGGAGAGCGCUGACUAGCGCAGGAAUGUCGACUACCUUUCCUCGGGAGUUGUUGAUCAAGUAUGCCCCCUUCUUCAUCUUGGCAAACUGCGGCGACGACAUCAUGUUGAUCGUUUCAGGCAGCUCCGGAACGUGUAAGGUCACGAAGUCGGCCUCCCCGAGCAGAGCUGCGAGCGAUUCCAUCUGUUUCGCCGAUCCGAGAGGCAUGAUGUUGAGCACAUCGUAGAAGAUGACGCGCAUGGCAAAAGCCUCGGCAAGGACCGAGAGCUGAGCACCAAUGUGCCCAUACCCAACGAUACCCAGCGUUUUUCCUCGGAGUUCCCAGCAGCCCUUGGACUGCUUAUUCCAAACCCCAGUACGAAGCUCGUAAGAACGCUCGAACAACUGGCGAGAGAGAGCGACGAGUUCUCCCAUGACCAGCUCCGCGACAGAACGGGAGUUCGAGAAGGGCGAGUUGAAGACGGGGAUGCCGGCCUGAGCCGCAGCGGGGAGAUCGACUUGGUUAGUGCCGAUGCAGAAACAUCCGAUGACGAGCAGCUGCACAUGACGAUGAGGAAUCGGACGGUACAAUCGACUAUGCAGACCUUAGUGGCAGCUUUUACGACUGAAGCCGUGAUCUUGGUCUUGCUGCGAAUGCCAACAGCAUGGUACGAGGGUAUGAGCUCAAUGAGCUCGGCCUCAGACAUCGCUUUUGUGUGGUGAUCGACAUGGAAUCCUUGCGAGCGAAAUGCGGAUACAGCGUCCUGGCUGAUGUUUUCGAGGAGCAACAAGCGUAGAUUAACGUUUUCGACGGGGUGGAGCAACUUGAGAUUGAGAUGUGGAGAUGCCACCGGGGCAGAGGAUGGUGAUGCCGUAGUGGCAACCUCGCGGGAGCGGGAGCUGGGAAUCGCAAUGGGAUUUGACAUGAGUGUCGAAGCUCGAGAUGAG